UCCUGCGUUUAGAGUAGAGAGCGUGUCCCGAGGAACCACCUGGACCUGAACGCGUCUGAUCUUGCGUUUAAGACGCAUCUGGGUCAGUCAAGACAACCCGAGUUUCUGGUCUCUCUGGACACAGUUUUGAUGUGAAAAACGUGGAUGUUCAGAAUUAUGCAUCAUCACUACAGGGAGAGGUCGAGAGGAAACAUUUUAAGGAGUACAUUGUCGUUAUCUGUGGAUUAUUUUCACUUGUCCGUUUCUUAAUUUAUUUCACUCAAGUCCAUGACAAAAGAGGUCGAUCAGGACAGAAGAGAUGGCAAAGGGUGGAGAAGUCUGGAGAACUGCAUGGCCGCACCUGCCCGAUGUCACCUGAGAAACUGGAAGGUGAUGCUGCUCGUGUUCAUAUGUCUUCUGGGUCUCGUUGAUGGACAUUUCCUUCAGGAGGAGACAGAAGAACCCCAUCUUGGCAGGCUGAAAGCCCGUUCAACCCCUCCAGAUCAUCCGCAAAAAGAUCUAGAUGAGAAGCAGAGCAGAGCGCCAUGGGCACGACUGCAUGAUUUGGCCGAGGAAGGCGAGGGUCAUCGAAUCCGGUGGCAGCGCUCCUCUACAAACAACUCAAGUUUGCGUAAAUCUCCUAGGAACCGCAAGGAACGGCGCAACCGUCAGCGAGGCCGGAGCAGCCAGGACUGCCGUUUGGAGAAGAAAGAGAUGAAGGUGCGCGAUCUCGGCCUCGGCUACGACUCGGACGAGAUCGUGCUGUUUAAGUACUGCGUUGGGACGUGCAUGAGCGCCCGUAAGAACUACGACCUGGCCCUGAAGGUGCUGACGGAUAACGGCAGCGUUUCCAGCCGCAAGGUGAGCACUCACCCCUGCUGCAGACCCACACGCUUCGAGACCGUCUCUUUCAUGGACGCCCAGACCAGCUGGCAGACCAUCAAAUGGCUCUCAGCGGCCAACUGCAGCUGUGUGGGAUGAGAGAAGCUGAGGAGACGCAGCCGGUAAAAUCAAUCCAAAGCUCCGGUAUAGAAAGUGCAAGGAGUCGGAUACAGCGCUCCUGAUGAUGCAGCGGAUCUGCUACCGUGAGCACGGGAUCCAUAGGAAUACGGGACGUCCUGCAGGGAGACGGUCAUGUGACCUCGGAGAGCCAAAACUGUACCUGUGAAGCAAGUCGUCAGAUUCCUGCUCCAGACUGCAGUUGUGCAUGGAAAGUUUGUGAAAAGUAACUUGAAGGCCUACGUUUCACAUUAUAUGAGUUAUUAGAGAUGUUUUAAGAACGUGGAUACCAUGAAGGUUCAUUUUAACAGAACAGAAGGUGCUUUUAAUUCACUUAUCAGCUUAGCGCGUGUGUGUUUAUUAUGCACACACUUUUCUUAAGCCAUGUGCACAUUACAAGACUGAAGCUUGUCUCCUUUUUAUGCUUGCAAGUAGUCUACAGCAAAAAAAAAAAAGUGCUCUCCAUUUUGCAGGCCGGUUCUGAAUGCUAAGUGGUGGAUUUCUGCGUCGGCUCUUUAUAAUGAUGAUAUCAUGCUCGAUUACACUGUAUGUCUGGACGUAUGCCCGGUUAUAGGACUCUCUUCCAUCAUCUGAUCAUCAUUAGAUGAAUUACUGCUGCCAUGAUCGCUCGAAAAUGUACACAAACUAUUUUUAACUCUUUUCAACUCUUUUCACUUUCAAACAAAAUUCCGUCUGCUUUCCAUAAGCAGUACGAGCUUUGAAUUUUGUGAAUAAUGUAUUCUAUGAUAGGCCUGUUUUACAGAGAAAUGAAUCAUUCUUGGAUUUAAAAUAAUGUCAGUGAUCUAAUUUACAUUGUUGUUCAAACGUUUGGAGUUGGUAUGAAUUAAUAGUUUUAUUCAGCAACAGUGACCGAAAGUGAGAUUAAAUGCAUUUGUAAUGUUGCUGUUCUUUUGAAAAUUCUAUUAGAAUGAUUUCUGAAGGAUCAUGUGACACUGGUGCCUGGAGUAGCGUAAUGAUGCUGAAAAUUCAGCUUUGCAUCACAGGAAUAAAUUACAUUUUACAUUGUAUUCACAUAGAAAAUUGUUUUUUAAAUAGUGAUAAUAUUUCAAAAUUUUACUGUAAUUUUACUGUAUUUUUGAUCAAAUAAAUGCAGCCUUGGUGAGCAUAAGAGACCUCUUUAAAAAACAGCAUAUUGCUGUGCCAGCACAGAUGAAACUGGAUUUAGGGUCGUUAAUUAAUAGGUUUUUGCAAGCAAAACUGUUUAGUGAAUUCACCUGUGAGUGUUUAAACAGCUCAGGUUGACUUGUGACUGUCUUGUAAUGUGCCCUUGGUGUUACACACUUGCACAAACACAACCACAACAGCUAACCGCUUAUCCUGAUGCCACAUUCAGUAACCUCUGCUAUCAAGAAAUACCUCUUUAAUUUCAAAGUUUUUUGAUCAACAUUUCUUUGUUUCACUGAUUGAGUGGAAGUCUGUUUUUCUGUACAUUUUCUAUUAUGCAUUGGAUCUUUGUCAGGGUACAUGAUGUAUUUGAUUUGUAAGUUAAGUGAAAUGGCGUCCUGGCUAAGGUUCGUAGCACACAGCACUGUACCGGGUUACCAAAUUGUGUUUUAAUUGAGACAUUGUCGCUUUCCAUGUUUUUUGGUGUUGAUUAAUUAUGUGCAAGGUGAAUGAUAUACCAAAGCGAUAGAAAAAUAAAUAGCAGAUCACCUCAGGUAGAGACAGUGGACAGUAGAAAUUAAACCUGUGGUUUACACCUUUAUAAUCGAUCUGUGACGCGCUUCUAUUCCAUUUCUCAGACUUACUGUAUUAAUUUCAUGGUUUACUGUUACUUUUACUCAUAUAUCACUUGUAAUGUUCCCAAAGACACUAUAACUACCUGUGAACUCAAUCUCAGAAGAACACAUCUGGCUCAUGUUUCACCCUAAAUUCAACAUAAAUAAACAAAAAAUAUAUAUAUUGUUUUAAUUUUUAAAUUAUUCUCAUAUGAUUUUUAUUUUAAUUUCAUCAGUUAAACAGAUUUCGCCUAAAACACACAUUCUCAGUACUGUAAUGUAAAAACAAUGCAUACACUGUAAAAAACAAAAAACACAAUUUGU